GUUCACUUCAAAAGAACAGAGCAAAGAUGGACUCUUGUAUAAAAAAAUAGCCUCAUGAAACACAGUUAUUUGUCUCAUAACAUAAACUAUAUAUUAUUAAAAAAACAACAAAGACUGUGAUAGUUAAAAAUACAUAUAAAUCAUUUAAAACAAUUAAUGUUAUUUAAAUUAUAUUGUGAAUUAAAAUGAUUGUUCAAGAGCCAGUUCAGGCUGCCAUAUGGCAUUGUUUGAAUCAUUAUGCAUAUGCAGAUGCAAUAUUUCUAGCUGAAAGAUUAUUUGCAGAAGUUGAUAAUGAGGAUACUUUAUUUUUAUUGGCAACUUGUUAUUAUCGUUCUGGAAGAAUUCGUCAAGCUCAUGGUUUAUUAUCAAAAAAAGCACCUGGUACAUCACAGUGUCGUUUUUUAUUAGCAAAAUGUUGCUAUGAUUUAGAAAAAUAUGCUGAAGCUGAAGCUGCAAUUGUUGGUGGUUAUUAUAAACAGCUUAAAAAUCUUGAAGAUAUUGUAACACAAUUUGGUGAUCAAGCAUGUUUUUCAUUACAAAUAAUUGCUAAAAUAUAUUAUAAAAUGAUGAGAACAUCAAAAGCAAAUGAAGCACAUAAACUUGCAUUAAAAUUAAAUCCAUUUUUAUGGCAUUCAUUUGAAGAAUUAUGUAAUGUUGGAGAAAAAAUUGAUCCAGUUAAAAUAUUUCAAUUAGAUAAACUUGAUAAUUUUGCAAUGUGUCAUGGUACACAUCAAUUAAAUUACGUAAGUGAGCCUGAUGUAACAGUGUUUAAUACAACAACAACAAAUAUUAUUUCAACACCAAAUAGUAAUGUAACACCUGCUCAAAAUAUUAUUGUUCAUACAAUACCACCAGGUAUUAGAUUAUAUUCGGGAAUUGAUGAUAGUCCACAACCAGUACCACUUAAUUACAGUAAUCCACCAACGAUAUCACCACGUGUUAAAACAUCAAGAUAUCGUAGUAUGCUGAGUAAUUCAUUUAGUCCAUUAACACCAAGUUUUGGAAUUCUUCCAUUGGACAAUAAUACACCAGAACAAAAUAAUUUAUCAUCACAUGUUACACUUACAGAAGCAAAUGAUCAAAAAAGUUUAGCCAAACGAGUGCGUGCCCAUGUGGGGCAAUUAAUAUCACGUAAAGAUACACCAUUACAACAAGGUAAACCAGUAUUUUCACAAUCUGGUAAUACAAGUAAUACAGCAAAUAUUGUAACAGUAACACCAACAACACCAACACCACCACCACCAACAUUACAAGGACCAAAUGUAAGACGUUCAUCACGUUUAUUUAGUCACAGUUAUUCAGUUAAAGAAAAUAAUAAAUCACCAAACAGAAAUAAAUUUGCAACUCCAAAAUCACCAUCAAGAAAAACCAAAGGAAAUCGUUUAUCAAAGACUAAUUUAAAUAAUAAAACAAAUUUUAAUAAUGAUUUAAAUGAAAAAAAUCGUAAUGUUGUUGUUGUUGAUAAAGAAAAAAAUGAAACAAUAACAUCUGAAAAAAUGUUAACAGCAACAAAUAAUACAUUAAAUAGCCAAACAAAUGUUAAUCAUUGUGCGUUAAUUGUACAAAAACAAUGUGCUGAAGGUUUAAUGUCCCUAUUACGUGAUUUAGGUAUGGCUUAUCAACAUUUAAGUCAAUAUAAUUGUAAUCAAGCUGUUGAAAUAUUAAGUGCAUUACCAGCUCAUCAUUAUAAUACUGGUUGGGUAUUAUCAAUGCUUGCUAAAUCACAUUUUGAAAUGAAUGAUUAUAAAAAAUCAGCUUAUUAUUUUUCUGAAGUACGACAACUUGAACCACAAAGAAUUGAUUUAAUGGAAAUGUAUAGUACAGUAUUAUGGCAUUUAUCAGCUGAGGUACAGUUAUCAACACUUGCACAUGAACUUGUAGCUGAAGAUCGUCAUUCACCAGCAUCAUGGUGUGCAACUGGUAAUUUAUUUUCAGCUCAAACUGAACAUGAAACAGCUAUUAAAUUUUUUCAACGUGCAAUACAAGUUGAUCCAAGUUUUCAUUAUGCAUAUACUCUACUUGGACAUGAAUAUGUUUUAACUGAAGAAUUAGAUAAAGCAAUAACAGCAUAUCGUAAUGCAAUUAGAUUAGAUCCACGACAUUAUAAUGCAUGGUUUGGUCUUGGUAGUGUAUUUUCAAAACAAGAACAAUAUAGCCUUGCUGAAUUACAUUUUAAAAGAGCACAUCAAAUUAAUCCACAUCAUUCAACUAUCAUGUGUCAUAUUGGUCUUGUACAACAUCAGUUGAAAAAAACUGAUCAAGCAUUAAGAACACUUAAUGCUGCAAUAACAAAUGCUGCUGAUAAUACACGUUGUAAAUUUCAUCGUGCAAGUAUUAAUUUAUCAAUUGGACGACACAAUGAAGCACUCAAAGAAUUUGAGGAACUUAUGAAUAUUGCACCCAAAGAGUCUCUAGUCUAUUAUUCAAUAGGAAAAGUACAUAAAAAAUUAGGCAAUACACAUCUUGCUUUGAUGUACUUUAGUUGGGCAACUGAUUUGGAUCCAAAAGGGGUCAAUAGUCAAAUUAAAGAAGCUAUUCUAAGUCCAGGACAAAGUGAUGAAGAGUCACCAUCUCCACAAUCAGAAGGACAUGAAGAAAAACCACAAAAUUUAUUAACCGAACAAGAUGCUGAAACAAGUGGUGAUAUAACUGCUGAAACAAGUGGUGGUUUAGCAAGAACAGUUAGCAUUGAAACACAUGCUGAUGACAGUGAUGAUAGUUUAUGAAGGCUCCGAAUUAGCCAAAUGGGCAGUACCAUACUCGCUGAUCGUUUUAAUUCAAUUAGACGUCAAACUUCCAGGCUACAUCAUCGCCAGCGACAUCGACGUCGGCGUAUAUCUUGAACUAAUCGCCAGCAACAAAAAAAAAAGCUUUUCAAUUACAUUCAAAAUCAUACAGUAAUAAAAUAUAUAGUAAAUUCUUUUUUUUUUUUUCUUUUUAAAAAAAAAAAGUAUCUCAACCCAGCGUUAAACGUACUUUCCAUUUAAAUUUAAAAAAAAAUCAAAAAUUUAAAAUGAGAAAAAAGAAUAUAAACAUAAAUAAUUAAUAUUAAUAUUUCAAAUAAAAUAAUCAAGUGUUUAUAAAUAACACAAAAAAAUUAGCUAUGAAAUUUUAUGAUAAAAAAAAUUGUUGGUAUGUUUGAAAUAAUCAAUUUUUUUUUUUUUGCUUUUUCCUCGUAAUUAUUUCAUUUAUUUUUUCUCAUUAUUGUAAUUUGUACAUUGUGUGUGUUGUGUUCUGUAUGUUUUCUACAAACUUUGAGCAUUUUUCAAUAUUUUAAUUUACACCAUAUUUUGUUGAAGUAGCUCUGGGGGUUGAUAUUAUUUAAUAUUGAUUAAAUGAAUGAGCAUGAAAGUGUGAUUUUAAAAAAUACUAAACGCAAAAAAUAAGUUUAUAAGUGAAAAAAAAAAUGAGCAAGUCUUGUGUAAAUGUAAAUUAUUGUCAGUAGUAUUAUUGUUACACUUAUUAUCAUGAUAUGCUAUCGUUGAAUUGGGG